AUGAAAAAAGAGGUAAAAUAAGCCGUAAAAAAUGAAAAACAGAUGAAAAAUAUGAAUUCUCCGUGUAUUAGUGAUAAAUUAAUAAGCCUUGAAGAAUUGGAAAAACAGUAUAAAAAAUGCCUUGAAAGAACCGAAAAUAGCGAUAUUAUAGAAGAACUCGUAAGGAAUAUAUGUAGUAUUGGGGAUUUUUCCAGAGAAAUGGAAAAUAGAGAAUAUAUUGGAGAAAUAUACAGCAAUUUUAUGUUUUCAGUGAUGAAAGAUGUGUCAAAUAUUGAUAAAAGAUGUGUUUUUCAAUCUUUACGUGUGAUUGGAAAUUGUUGUAUUGAUCAUGCUAAGAACCGGAAACGUGUUCUGGAGCUUUGCGGCGAAGAUAUUCUUAUGGAUUUUUUAGAACAUGAGGAUUCUGAUAUAUAUAUGGUAUCGCUUACAUCAUUAUUGAAUUUGUGUAUGGAUUGUGAUGAAGCGACAGAAAGACUUAAUAGAAAAAAAGCGGUUUCAAGGAUUCUUAAAACUACGAAUUCCCGUACAAAUUUUGAUAUAUUGGCGAGAAUUAUAGGAUGGUUAAUGUCUAAAGAAGAGAAGCAUUAUGAUACGGAUUGUUUUAUAGGAUUUUUGUCGUUUCUUCAAUCAUAUCCAGAUAAUGUUGCUGAUGCAUUCUCUAUUAUUCUUUCUUUUCUUCCUCAAAUUGAUAUACAAUCCGCUCUAAUUCAAUCAGAAAAGCUGUAUGAUUUACUUGAAUAUUUUUAUCGUAUGGUACCUUAUCAAGAGCAUUUUAAUUCUGAAAAUAAGGGACUUAUUUCUAUGUUAAUUAAUUUAUUUGGAGAAAUAGCAGCAAAUAAUGAUUUUUCCGAAUAUAUAUUAAAUAAUAAGCUUAUAAUGGAUAUGCUUUUAAAACAUCUUGAAAUUAAUUCUUUUUAUAUUUUGAUAUUAUGUAGUUGUGUUAUGCUUGGGAAUUUAGCUCGAACAGAUAAAACUUGUAUCUAUUUUGUUCAUGAAUUGAAGCUAUAUGAAAAAUUGAUCAAUAUUAUUAAUCUUUUUGAUAAUCCAAAAGUAAUUUAUUCAAGUUCAGGAUUUUUGAAAAACCUAUCUAUACCUAAAGAUAACAAGUCAAUUAUUGGAGAAGCAGGAGGUAUAAAAUUAUGUACAAAAUUAUUUACUUUUGAUUCUGUCAAGCCAAUAUUAUAUACAGCUGUAUGUAUUCUUAGACAGCUAAUUAUUGAUGAUGGAAAAAAUGCUUCUUUUUUUGUUGAUUCUGGUAUUUUUAUGCAAUUAUUGGAACUUCGAAAAGGAACAGAUGAUCAUUUUAUAAUAAUGGAAUCAUCUAGGGUUGUUUCAAGUAUGAUACGUACUAUUAAUUUGUUUAAACUAUUUGAUAUCGAAAAGAAAAUGCUUGUGUAUCCUGAUUAUGAAAAUAUUUUUAAAGAUAUGAUUGUUCAAACUCAGUAUCAUGUCAUUCGUACAGAGGCUAUCUUUGCUCUUGCAUUGAUUUCUCGAUCUUUUUGUUCAGAUUUUAAAAAGAUUGUGUUUAAUCUCUUGCAAGAUGAAGUUAUAUUAAAUAUUCUUAUUGAUCUAGGAAAAACUGGGACAAAAGAUUUGCGUGAUAAUAUACGAGUUCUUUUUUUCUCUAUAAAUCGUGAGUUUCAAAAUGAUUCAAUAAAUGCAGCAUUUUUGCUUUUGGGCCAAUGUACUGAUUAGCUAUUUUAUUAUUUAUUUGAAUCUCUUAAAGAGUUUAUAUUAAAU